AUGGAUGGGAUGGGUGCACCUGGAAACCACGAUCUAAGAGGUCACAGCAUCAUCAAUGACUUUGAGUUACAAGACUUCAUAGAUGAUGCAAACUUUGAUCAGUUCAUCGAUCUUAUUCGAGGAGAAAAUGAAGAUCCAACAGUAGCUCAUUUUGAUUGUGACCUUAUCAGUGGCUCGUGCUUUGUUGGCAACCAGUUUGGUCCAACUACUCCGGGUAGUGGUUUCUUUGGUUUAGAUCAUAGUACUACUGUCGUAUCCGAUCCAGCUUCUUUUCUUACUACAUUACCACAUUUUGAUGGAGAAAUGAACGAUAUUGUGGAAGAAGAUAAUGACGCAGACUCGUGUGGAACAACCACAACAACCACCACAAAUACCACAGCCACGAGGACAAAGAAGCCAAAGGUUGAUCCAUCGAGAACCUUGGUUUCGGAGAGGAAAAGGAGGGGGAGGAUGAAAGAAAAACUUUAUGCAUUGCGGUCCUUGGUUCCUAACAUCACUAAGAUGGAUAAGGCCUCCAUUGUUGGAGAUGCUGUACUGUAUGUACAAGAUCUGCAAAAACACGCUAAGAAGCUGGAAGCUGAGAUUUCCGGCCUUGAAGCGUCCAUAGAAGCAUCAGGUGGAAAGCAAGCAGGAUCAACCCAAACUCCAACCAAGAAUAAAUUAGUGGCAGACCAUUAUCAUUUAACUCCCAAGGGAAUUAUUCAGAUAGAUGUGACCCAGGUAGAGGAGCAAGGCUAUUAUGUGAAAGUGGGAUGCAACAAAGGAGUAGGGGUGGCCACAGCACUUUACAAGGCUAUUGAAUCCCUUACAUGCUUCAAUGUUCGGAGUUCAAACUUGAACACAAUUAAUUCUGGGAGAUUCGAACUGACACUUGCUUUGAAUGUAAAAGAAAGCGAGCAGCAGAUCAUCAACUUACCAAAUUUGAAACUUUGGGUGACUGGAGCUUUUCUGAACCAAGGUUUUGAAUUGGCUACAAGCUUUUGA